UGGCCAGUGAGAACAUAUCUCUAAGAUGGGAAAUAUUUUUGCAAACCUCUUCAAAGGCCUUUUUGGCAGAAAAGAGAUAAGGUUGCUAAUGGUUGGGCUGGAUGCUGCAGGGAAGACUACUAUUUUGUACCGGCUUAAACUUGGUGAAACUGUUACUACUAUUCCUACUAUAGGUUUCAAUGUGGAAACAGUAGAAUACAAGAACAUUAGCUUCACAGUCUGGGAUGUGUGCUCCCAGGAUAAGGUCAGACCACUCUGGCGCCAUUAUUUCCAGAAUACACAAGGUCUUAUUUUUGUGGUUGACAGUAGUGACAGAGAGCGACUGAGCGAGGCCAAAGAAGAGCUUAUGAGAAUGAUGUCAAAUGUUGAGUUUUGCGAUGCUUUGUUAUUAGUGUUUGCUAACAAACAGGACCUGCCCAAUGCGAUGAAUGCAGCAGAAAUCACAGACAAACUCGGACUGCAUUCUCUUCGUCACAGGAACUGGUACAUCCAGGCAACCUGUGCCACUAGUGGAGACGGUCUCUAUGAAGGACUGGACUGGUUGUCCAAUCAGCUCCGAAACCAGAAAUGAAACCAUCAACCUUCCUCUUCCCUCUUCUUCCACCCUUCCCUCUUUAUUUCCUCCUCUUAUUCGCCCUUCGCUUUACUCUGCUAGU